CGGAUGUUAAUCAAACACCCACUGGUGGUCUGCGACCACUUCGCUGUCAGGAUUCGACUUAUGAAGAAAAGUGGCCGCAUUCCCGUUUUACGUGACGAAGAGCUUUUCAAGCGGUUCAACUUUGAUUGAAACGCACGUGUGGGGGUGAAUGGUGGGGUCGUCGCUAUAAAGUCCUCGGGAAAUCGAGGAUCAGUUCCUUCAGGAUCGAGAGGAGCAUGAAAACGCUUUCGAGAUGCCUCGGUACUUGGACGCUCCUGCUUCUCUAUAGCUUUUCGCCAUGGAGUCGCGGAAAACUCGUUCCUCAAAACUUUGAGGAAAAAUUAAUUGCCCUUUAUAAAGUGAUAAAUUAUAUUCAUCAAAGACCUCAUCAGAUGAACGUCGACGCAACAUUUUCUGUAACCAUCGCCGAAGCUAAUACAGCCGCUGCUCUCUUACACGAGAAUGUGCGUUACCUGGAAGAUAAACAUCACAAUAUGCUUGUGACGAUUUUCAAACUUUGUGUCAUGACACGGCGAAAUCUGAUGCGCAAAGUUAUUCCCGAGGAUGAGGAUAGCCAACUACUGCAGAAAACGUUGAAUCAUCCGGUUUUGUGGAUGAAACCUAUAUUAUGGCGACGUGGCGCUUUAGAAAAAGGCAAAAUGAAUCGCAAAUCGACGUGUUGGGACGUACGCGAAUUGGUGAUGCAAGGAACACCCAAAGAGAAAGAGAACGAUCGCUGCCUCACCGAAAUUAUUCGGAGUCGAUUGAAUUCGAACUAUAGAAUUCCUGAUUUCUGUUUUAAGAUAUUAACAGAUAGCGAAUUCAGCCGGGGAUAUCCUCUCACUCAUCGAUUGUUCAUUGUCCAAGUUGCUAGCGUGAUGGAGUGCGAUCUGGGUUUUCCAACAACAGAACUGAUACUCUCGUACUGUUCCGCUAUCCUUCAAGAUUUGACGGAAAUCGAGUCUGCCGGAUUUCCUUAUCAGACAGCAGAUUUAAUGAUGGAACAAGUUGUCCUAUGCGGCAUGGAAGGUUUCUUGGAAUUCACGGACGCGCACUAUGAACGAUUGGUAUUGGACUGGUCUCAUCCUAGCGGCUGCUACAGCUCCUUCGGGAACAAGUUUUCAAAGAACGGAACACGCGUGUCGCGGAGAGCCUCGAGCCAAACGGACUUCGGUUGCGACAAUCACGCUACUGGUCUCGCCGCCGCCUCGCUUUCUUUAUUUAUCCGUGAGAAUCUGGAGAACGCUGGCGAACAAACGUCCACGGCAUAAAUUAUACGUUCAAAGGAGAACU